AUGAGCUCAUCAGUGUAUUUCAGCAAGUUUUUGGUUACGAACCAGGUUUUUUAUAAAUCGAAGCAUUCGUUUGCGCUCGUUAACUUGAAGCCAUUAGUUCCUGGCCAUGUUCUAGUAGCGCCAUUGCGGACUAGUGCCGUUGCGUUGGCCGAUUUGACAAGUGAGGAAAGCGUAGACUAUUUCACAACUGUCAGGCUCGUCAAUCGCUUUAUCAAAUCCCAUUUCAAAGCUGAUUCGAUGAAUAUAGCGAUCCAAGAUGGUCCAGAGGCUGGUCAAACUGUCCCGCAUCUACACACACAUAUUAUUCCACGGUACCGUGCGAACAAUGUCGGGGACAAGAUAUACGAAAUGAUGGACAAUUGGGAAUUUGAGCCUUGGGCUGAGAGGCGUGCCAGAUACGUCGAAACAAAGAACAACGCUGAAUUUUCCAAACCCGACAAUCAAAGAAUUGCACGCAGUGAGGAAGACUUAUCACAGGAGGCUCAGGAGUUGGGAGAAAGCAUUGCCAAAUUUCAAGCCAACGAAAAGUGCUAG